AUGGCUAAAAUAGCGAGCGUUGAUUUCGAAGUCCUUGACGCUGCUGGCAAGAAUUAUUUGCGUUGGCAUGUGGACCUGAAGUUCCACUUACGUGCCCAGGGCUUAUUAGCCACAAUUUCAACUCCUGCUCCACCGGCUCCGGCCACUGUUACGGGUAAUGCUAUAAAUAAUGCUGAGGUUGCUACUACAGUGAUCGUUUCUGAUAUAGAUAAGGCGAAAGCCAUUAUCUACAUCAGGAGACAUAUUGAUCGGACCCUGAAGGCCGAAUACCUGACUGUAGAGGACCCAAAGGAAUUGUGGACUGCACUUGAGGACCGAUACAAACAUCAGAAAGAUGUAAUCCUCCCACGUGCACGUUAUGAGUGGGAAAACCUCCGACUUCAGGACUUUAAGUCCGUAGCUGAGUACAACUCAGCACUUCAUAAUAUCACCUCACGCCUGAAGUUGUGUGGUGAAGAAGUUUCGGAGGAACGCAUGUUGGAGAAGACUUACACAUCCAUCCACGAGAAGGAUGCAAUCCUCAUGCAACAGUACCGCGAACGAAAGUUCAAAAAGUAUUCUGAAUUGCACUCCACCCUUCUGAUGGCGGAGCAAAACAGAGAAUUGCUUUUGGCCACUCAUAACCUACGCCCUGCAGGCUCAGCUCCUCUACCCGAAGCUCACAUGUUUACUUCACAGAAGCAGAAGAAAAAGCAUAAGGGUAAAUUCAACAAGGGGAAAGCCCCUAAGUGGCAGGCCAGAUGUCCACCCUAG